AUGUGUUCUAUACGACAUAGCAAGGAUGUGCUGCGAGUGUUUACACGGAUGUCGGCCCCUACAAGAUGGCACUACAGCGGUUCGCCGGAGUCUGCCGAUGUGCUUGUGGUAGCCCAGAGCGGAACUGAACUCUGUGGGAACUGUGGCGAAGAAGCAGCUAAUGCUGUGGUGUCCGGGUAUGAAUACCAAGAUCAACACAUGCAAACGAUUUUCUACGCUCAAGGACCAUCAAUCCAAAGGGCGGUGACCAUACCUCCGUUUCAAAACGUCGAAUUGAUGAACUUGUGGAUUGGUGAGGAUCUCCCACUUGGUUGA